AUGGACCUUGAUGCAGCACUCGAACGCCUCAAGCGCUGUGAAUUGCCCACUGAGUUAGAAGUUGAGGAGCUGACGCAUCGCGCGCGUGAGAUUCUUGUUCAGGAACCCAACGUGCUUACCCUCGUUAGUCCGAUAACCCUUGUCGGAGAUAUCCACGGUCAGUUUUAUGACCUCAGAGAAAUGUUCAGCAUCGGGGGAAGCAUUCCAGAUGUACAGUACCUCUUCCUUGGGGAUUACGUCGACAGGGGCUACUUCUCUGUCGAGACAUUCCUUCUUCUCAUUGCAUUUAAGGUAAAAUUCCCCACCCGUAUAUCUCUGCUUCGCGGUAAUCACGAAUCUAGACAGAUAUCCCAAGUAUAUGGCUAUAACGACGAGUGUCUACGCAAGUACGGCUCUAACCGCAUUUGGAGACUCUGUUGCGAUGUCUUCGACGCACUUCCACUCGCAGCGACUGUAGACGACACGCUCUACUGUAUUCACGGCGGCCUCAGCCCCGAUGUAAAGUAUAUUUCGACUAUGAAGACACUCCACCGAAAUGAAGAGGUCCCUUUCUCUGGGCCAAUUUGUGACACUCUAUGGUCAGACCCCAUGGAACUACCAACAGACAGAGGAUACCAGCAGUCUCAGAGAGGCGCAGGCUUCAUGUUCGGCAGUGAUGUGGUCCAGGAGUUCUGUGCAGCCAAUAGCAUUGAACUGAUUGUCAGGUCACAUCAGCUUGUCAUGGAGGGCAUGAAGUUCCAGUUCAAUAAUAAGUUGCUGACACUGUGGUCUUGUCCGAACUACUGCUAUCGAGCUGGGAAUGUGGCUGCGAUUCUCGAGAUAAGAGAGACCAAGGAGAGGAGCUUUAAGGUCUUUGAAGCAGCUCCCAAGUCAUGCAGGGCCCUCCCAGAUAGGAGGUGCAUCCCCGAUUACUUCCUAUAG